AUGGCUGUCGCCGCCGCUCGUCGCCGCCUGUGGCGCGGGAUGCGAACUGCAGCCGCCACCACCGCGUCAGGCGAGGAGCUGUACGCGUCCCUGCUCUCGCGCCUGGUGGCGGAGCCGGAGUGCCGCGUGAAGGCCACCAUGGAGGAGGCGACCUCCUCGGUCCCGCACUACGACGGCGCCUUCUGGGAGCCCCUUGCCGCGGCCCUCCUCCGCGCGUCCUACCCAGCCAAGGCGCACCUCGUGAGCUCCUCAUACCCUGUCUUGGAAUGGAAGCUAGAGAAGCUACUGAUGGAAGGGGUUAAUAGUCAUAAUUGUGAACCCUACUUGACACUGAUCCGUUUCUGCGGAAAGACAAGGAAUGCAGCUCUUGCAAUGAGAGUCUUUGAGUGCGCAGAGGCACAGGGAAUUCAACUGAACACUGGCAUUUUCAAUGCUCUUAUUAACACUUUCUUGUCUGUCGGAGAUCUCCUUGCUGCAGUGACCUUAUACGAGACCAUGGAAGGAAUAGAGGACUCCAAACCUGACCGUGCUACAUACGAUGCAUUCAUAUCUGCAUUUUCCCGGCUUCGAAGUGGCGACGCUAUGAUGAGCUGGUACUUGGCUGCAAAGAAUGCAGGGUUUGUUCCGGGAAUUCAAGCUUUUGAAUCUUUGAUAGUGGGAUUUGUUCUGUUGAACAAGCUUGAUGAUGCUGAGUUGGUCUUCGAAGAAAUGGUUUCAUUUGAAAUGAAGCCAACCUGUACUAUUUUGGAGGCCAAGCUUGAGGUGCUUCCUAGAACAGAAGAGGUUAAUAGGGUCAACAGUUUCAUAAAACUUGUCAGUGAUGGCAACUGGGAGUUGAAUAAAGCUUUGGUUGACAGACUAACAAGACUAUGCCUGGAUGGAGGUGAAGCUGAUGUAAUGGAGCAGCUGCUCGCCCUAAUACAAAAAGAAGCACACUUUAGUUCUGUAACUCAACUGCAUUGUGGAAUUAUCAGGUUCUAUGCUAGUGCAGAUCUCUUGUCAGAUAUGGAACAUGCAAUAGACCGGAUGUUGGAUGAUGGCAUGAUGUUUCUGUGCCCAGAGGAUGUUGAGGCUGUUAUUUGUUCAUAUUUUCGUCACAAGGCAUUUGAUAGGUUGGAGAUCUUUUUAAACCGCAUCCGAAGUUUGUACAUGCUCACCCGCUCUAGCUAUGAUAUAUUAGUUGCUGGAUUUAGGAGGUUUGACUUGCAUCAAAGACUUGAGGCAACCAUAAAAGAUAUGAGGGAAGCUGGAUUUGCAUGA